AGUAGCGCCAACAUUAUAAAUGUCAGUUGAAUUGUACUAAUUUGUGUGCGUGCUUGCGGCUACAGUAUUUGCUAUGAAUUUACUGCCUAAAACAAAACAAGAUUUUAGUCGCAAAGAGUACUGGAAUUCUUUUUUCAAGAAACGGGGAGCCAGAGCUUUCGAGUGGUACGGAGAAUAUCCUGAACUCUGUGGCCUUCUACACAAAUAUAUCAAAUCGAAGGAUGUUAUUUUAAUAGUUGGCUGUGGUAAUUCUACUUUAAGUUCAGAUUUGUAUGAUGUUGGAUAUAGGCAAAUAACGAAUAUAGAUAUCAGUCAUGUUGUUAUCAAGCAAAUGCAAGAAAGUCAGGGUAAAGAUAGACCUGAGAUGGUGUACAAACAAAUGGAUGCAUUGGACAUGAAGUUUGAUGAUGGGCAGUUUAGUGCUGUUCUGGACAAAGGAACACUUGAUGCACUGAUGCCUGAUGAUAGUGAUGAAUCUAAAAGUAGAAUUGACAAAUUGUUAAAUGAAGUGGAUCGAGUUCUUCGGAUUGGUGGCCGGUAUGUAUGUGUCUCCUUGUUGCAAGAACACAUCCUAGAAAAGCUCCUUGAGUUUUCAGAAAGAGUAGGAUGGAUGUUUCGUGUAUGCCGAUGUGUAGAAGCAGAACAAAAGACAGAACAGAAUGGAGAUGGUGGUAGUUUUCCUGUGUUUGUAGUUGUAUGCACCAAGUUCAAGAAGCUUCCAAAUUCCUCUCAGGUAUUGGAAAUGUGUUUAACUGGAGAAAAUAUGCAGAGAGUGAAAUCAUCUCAAGACUUGAUGGAUGCUGUUAAAUCUCUUCAAGAAUCUAUUAUGAUUGUUGGUCGAUUAAGGCAGGGUACAGUUGCUGGACAUGGUGAAAUUUCUCUUGACCUCCAUCGACCAGAAGAAGAUACACCACGUUACACAAUCCAUGUGCUUGACCAGCCUUUUGCAAAAGAGUCUAGUAGGCGCUUUGCUGCCUUUAUUGUACCUCAAGGAAGAGAAACAGAGUGGGUAUUUGCUACCCCUGAGGGAAGAAAUACAUUGCUCAAGUCUGCUGGGUUUGAUCGGUUGGCCAUUGUAUCACUACAUCGAGACCAUAAAUAUCCAGAUCUUUUUGCAGUAGAAGAUGAACUGGGUGAUAGUAUUUUGCAGCUUGCACCUCGUGGCAUAGCUAAAAACACUGAAAUUCCAUUCCUAUCCGUUGGUUCUGAUGUUGGAAAGAGAGAAGUUUGUUUUCGAGGACACAGUGAGCUCUCUGGUGAUUUUGUUAUUGAAGAAGUGGAAGGUGAUGGAGGUCACCUGUUUCGCAGACUUAUUUUCCUCAACAAUCAAGGGAUUGUGCAGUCAGAAGCACGUUUAAAAAUAUUGAAAUCUCGGAAAGGAAAACCUAGAAAAGUUGUAGAAGUUGGAUAUCUAGCAAGUGAAUAUCUCACCUUUAUGGUAGUUGGUGUGUCUCUGGGCAUGACGAAGACCACUGGGGAAUGCCAAGUGCUGAUAAUUGGCUUAGGAGGAGGAGGAUUAUGUAGUUUUCUUCAGCAUUGUUUUCAGAAGAUAAAGAUUACUGCAGUUGAUAUUGAUCCUGCAAUGCUUGAAGUAGCUGCUAAUUACUUUGAUCUCCAUCAAGACGAACGUUUGGCAGUGUACAUAAGAGAUGGUGUUCAAUUCAUGCAACAGGCAGCUGAAAAAGGAACAAAAUACAAUGUGGUCCUGUUUGAUGUAGACAGCAAAAACCCCAGUUUGGGUAUGAGUUGUCCUCCCGAACAGUUUUUGGAAUCCACUGUUCUUCAUGCUGUGAAGACCUGUAUUGGUGAUGAUGGCUUUUUUGUUUUAAAUCUCGUAUGCCGCAACACAGACCUACGUCAACAUGUGCUGGGUGUUUUGAAAAAGGCUUUUGUAUCAGUGAGUGCUUUUAAACUGGAACAGGAAGUGAGUGAAAUAAUAUUCUGUUCUGGACAUGAAGGGCUAGGUGAUGCUGAAUGGAGAACCUCUAUUUCUGAAGCUGCAAAACUAGUGAACUCUCUUGCCAGAAAGAAGAAUCUCCAGGUUGAUAACAUGGUUGAUGUUACUAACCUUGUAGAAUCUCUUCGUAUUUUGUGAUCCUACAAUGUCAUUGAAUACUGCUGUGUCUUUAAUCUCUGUCAAUUUUCUCGUGAUAAACACAUAUACACCAGGUCUGAAAUGAAGCAGCAUCUGUGCCCACAAACAGUGAUUCUCAAACAUCUCUUUUGCAAGGCACAUAAUGUUACAUUAAUGAGAAUAUAUUGCACUUUGUGCCUUGUUCAGAACUAUCUUUGUCUGAGCUCUAAUUAAUCUCAUGGGAUUAUUUCUAAUACCCCAUUUGCCUGUUUGUGAAGCACUGCCUAAAUACAGUAUUUUGUACAAGAAGCAAAUAAUUACAAAAAUAGUCAAUAGUUGUCUUGGUACAUUGUUUCUGUUUGAGUAGCUGUAAAAAUUUGUGUGUUUGCACAAUUUUACUAUGACAUAUGAAGCAACAGGAUAGUAUAUUUUGUAAAUGUGAAUGAGCGAAGAAUCUCUCAUAGUUCCUGUGUUUUUGUUUUAAAUUUUUUCUUUUUUCCAUUUAUAAAUAUAAUUUUUGCUCCUUUAAGAACAAGGGAAGAAUACCUUAGUUAAUAUAAUUAAAUUUGGUUUUCUUUUCCACUGUAAAGUGUGUGACGGUGGAAUUGAUCAGUGUGAAGGAAGUUCUCAGCAUAUUGGAUAUGUAUGAAUGUAAUAUAUUUUAGAAUAUAAAAAUAAAAGGGUCAAUAGUAAAAAUUACUCAAUGGUGCAAAUACAGUAUUAUCUGUUUACGAAUACCAAAUAUUAUGGUUCUAGAGUAUAUAUUUCAAAGAAUUUUGUAUACAGUUACGUUUAUUGUUGAUCUCAAAUGUUUUGUGAUUGUAAUAUUUCAACACCUCAUUUCUAUAUAAUGUAUUUAGAUCACCAAGUGAACAUUGGAUUGAAAAAUAUUAAAUGAAGUGUGUAUUGUUACACAAUUUGCAGA